AUGCGACUGGUAAGUGUGGCGGGUGCCCGCCUCCGCAGGGCCGCAGAGGAGGAGGAAAAAGAGAGGGAGCCCCCACCUCCUGCACCCCCCUCACACCACUCGAACCACCAGUUUGCCAGCAUGAAGAACAAGUUCUUUAACGAGCUCACACACCUGCCAAAUCAUAAACUUAAAAUGCCCAUGUGGGCUGUGGGAGCCAUUGUGGUUGUGGUCCUUGCCCUUAUCGCCUGCAUGGGUUUCUGCAUCUACAAGAAGUGCUGCAACAAGGGCAAGAAGCCCAAGAAAGUCCGUGAAAGGAAGGGUGGACGAGGGCGCAGAAAGAAGGACAAGGAUGGAGAGGAAGGGGAGGAGAAGAAGGAUGGAGAGGAAGAGAAAGAGGAAGAGAAGGAGUCCUUAGGGAAAUUGGAGUACUCACUGGACUAUAGCUUCACUGAUAACCAACUGAUAGUUGGUAUCAUCCAGGCCCAGGACCUACCAGCCAUGGACAUCGGUGGGACCUCAGAUCCUUAUGUUAAAGUCUACAUGCUGCCUGACAAGAAGAAGAAGUUUGAGACCAAAGUCCAGCGCAAGAACCUGUGUCCGGUCUUCAAUGAGACUUUCACCUUUAAGAUACCAUACAGUGAUUUGGGUGGUCAGACUCUGGUACUACAGGUGUUUGAUUUUGACCGUUUUGGUAAACAUGACGUCAUUGGUGAGAUCAAGAUCCAAAUGAACACAAUAGACCUCGCGCAGCCAAUACAUGAAUGGAAGGAUCUGGUUGGAGGAGAGAAAGAGGAGCAAGAAAAGCUUGGUGAUAUUUGCAUUUCACUUCGUUAUGUCCCCACUGCUGGUAAGCUAACAGUUAAUAUCAUGGAAGCCAAGAACCUGAAGAAAAUGGAUGUCGGAGGACUGUCAGAUCCCUUUGUUAAGGUGGUGCUGCAACACAACGGAAAACGACUGAAGAAGAAGAAGACCUCAGUCAAACAAAACACUCUGAAUCCUUACUUUAAUGAGAGCUUUAGCUUCGAGAUACCAUUCUCCCAGAUCCAGAAAAUCCAAGUGCUGAUCACCGUGUACGACUACGACAAGCUGGGCAGCAACGACGCUAUCGGAAAGUGCUGGAUCGGCUUCGGUGCCUCAGGCGUGGGGCUUCGCCACUGGUCAGACAUGCUGGCCAAUCCCAGGCGUCCGGUGGCCCAGUGGCACUCGCUGUGCCCAGAGGAGGAGGUAGAUGCUGCUCUGAAGGCCCCAAUCCGCUAAAUAUACUCUCACACACAUAUUGUUUACCAUCAUCUGCAUAGAGGGGUAUUAUUUCAUCAUAACACAGAACGAAUGACUGCUAACUUGAAUAGUAAGUUUUGAUGUUUUUCAGUAUCGAUUUUGUAACAUUUGAUAUUGGGUUCUCUUUGUACGAAUGUGUGCUUUAUAUUUUUUGCAUACAUACCUUAGAAAUACAUGAAGCGAAAUUUGCAUGUAAAUAGCUUACAAACUUUGAUGGUACAGGCUAACUCCAACAAUUGACUAUUGCACUUACAUAGUUAGACUACUAAGAAGACAAUUUAAAAAGAAAAACCUAAUUUCAAGUAGAAUAUUAAGGUAGAAUUUAAGUACCCUUAAAAAAAACCCUGAAAACUAAAUCAUUGGAUCUCUUCAUCUUUCACAUCUUUCUGCUCCUAGUUCAUAACACAGGCUUCAUGUUUAAAAUCAAAUAUCUCUAGUCCAGCCAUAAAAAGUGCAAAGAUUUAUACCGCAUCUGUUUUAUUUUUUCCUUUAGUUUUCUUCUUUGUAACCUUGGUACCUCUCUUAUUUUCCAAACAAUGUAAACUUGAUUUGUCCUGGGAAAUGUAUUGUAUUUGUUUUUUGGUCUGUCUUCUUGUGUCUUCUUCUGUACAUGUAUUUGAAUGAGUGGAGACUCUUCCUGGAGUGUCUAUUG